AUGAGAGAAUCUAACUGUCAUAUUCUUCUUAUUCUUGACCAGGCUCCUACACAUGUCAUUCUCACUCUUUCUUUUACUAAUGUGAAAGUUCUUUUCCUACCAUCCAAAACAACAUCUAAAUUACAACCCAUGGAUGCUGGCAUUAUCACAUCCUUUAAGCUCCAUUAUUGUUGUCUACAACUUCAGCAUGCAAUUGAUUUAGAUGAAGCUGGUAAAGUGGAUAUUUAUAAAGCAAAAAUUGCCUGGAAUGAGGUGUCAGCUGAAACCAUUAAAAAUUGUUGGUUCCACACAAAAAUUGUAUCACCACAUGAUGAAACUGGAAAGCCUAUUUCCACUUCUAUUAUUAAUGAUCUUGAAAGUAUAGAAGAUGACCCAACUGAAGAAUUAAUUUUUGAAGAACUUUAA